GCAGCCACACAACCGAAGAACCGCGCUUCGACUUCACAACCGUUUUCUAUCCACAACAACUGCAGCAGCAGCAGCAGCAGAAGCGAGAUUCAGACAGGACUGAAGCUCGCUCAAGCUCUCGCCUUCACCGCUUUCAUGGCGUGCAUGUUUCUCCCCCAAGGCCUCUCCCUCCCUCCUCGCCCCACCAAUCUCUCCGCAUUCCCUUCUUCUCCUUCUUCUUCUUCAAGUUUUUUCAAUCCUCUGUCUCCCGCUCUUCCCCGGCCCCGACCUCGACGGUCGCUUGCUGCGAGGGGCGCCGUGUCGGUCUCGUGCGCGCUCCGAGCUCUCAUCUUCGACUGCGACGGCGUCAUUCUCGAGUCGGAGCACCUCCACCGCCAGGCCUACAACGAGGCCUUCGCGCACUUCGGCGUGCGUUGCUCCGAUCAGCCUCUCAACUGGGGGCUUGAGUUCUACGAUGAGCUCCAGAAUCAGAUCGGCGGAGGCAAGCCCAAGAUGCGAUGGUACUUCAAAGAGUAUGGAUGGCCUAGCUCGUCGAUUUUCGAGAAGCCCCCUGAAAGCGACGAGGAUCGGGCGAAGCUGAUCGAUACGAUUCAGGACUGGAAGACAGAAAGGUACAAAGAUAUAAUCAAAUCUGGAACUGUGAAACCUAGGCCUGGAGUUUUGAGACUGAUGGAUGAGGCCAAGGCUGCUGGGAAGAAAUUGGCUGUUUGUUCAGCAGCAACUAAGAGUUCAGUCAUUCUGUGUCUUGAAAACCUUAUAGGAAUGGAUCGCUUUCAAGGUUUAGAUUGCUUCCUUGCAGGUGAUGAUGUGAAGGAAAAGAAGCCAAAUCCUUCAAUCUAUCUCACCGCUGCCAAGAAGCUUGAUGUAUCAGGGACUGAAUGCUUGGUGGUAGAGGACAGUGUAAUUGGGCUGCAGGCAGCGACGAGCGCCGGGAUGCCUUGCGUAAUUUCUUACACAUCUUCAACAGCAAACCAGGAUUUUAAAGAGGCAAUCGCCAAAUACCCUGAUAUGGGCAAUGUGAGAUUGACGGACUUGGAGCAAUUACUUCAAAGUGCUGUUGCUGCAAAAUAGGAAGACAAAGUACCUCGCUGCAGCUAUAGAGAGCUCGAGAGCUUACCUUGUAGAUUAUGUAGAUAUGUUUUCUGCAUAUGAAGUUGGUCAAGAGGGCGAUGUUUCUAUUUCUCUUUAUCGCAAAUGCAAAAUCGGAGAGGAAUUGUGGAUAGGUAUCAUGAUUCUUUGGAAAGGGUAUAACUGGAGGUUAAGUAAUAUCGAUUCUUCUGCGACUGGGGCUGGAAGGGAGCAACUCAAACUUCUAACCCCGCACCUUAUUCUCUUUAUGAAAAUAUAUGGGCCGGUCCUAUCGACCAAAAUUACUAGAUUGAGAGGUUUUGUCAUGAAUUUGUACUGUCAUUUUUUUAGAA